AUGAAGAAGUCGAGCACGCUGCAUUCAACUCGCGAUCCCGCUCAUCUUCCAAGGCUACUGUUAUCCGCCAUCUUACCCCCGACUUUUAAAGAAGAGGAAGAACCCCUUGGACAAUUAACUUCACAUUACCUUCCGCUCCCUCGAGUUCCAUUCGUUACUGUAGACACUCCCUCCACCGCAUCAUCACUCACCCCCUCUACUCCGUCUCGCGAUGAGUCACCUGAAAGGCAGAACCUUUUCAUACCCGCCUCCUUCAUACCUAGCUCUAUCCUGUCUCCACGAAAGCGACCAAGCACUCUCCUGCCAUCCAUACCCGACCCCGUUAUUCAUACCGCAUCUUCCUCGACAGCACCAUUUACUACCGCCCUUCCUCCAGUCGUACAACCUGCUCUUUGUACUCAACCCACUCAACCUGUCCAACCCGCUGUGAAAAACACAACCUGA